AGAGCGGAGACUCCAGAGCGACGGAAUGUUAGGACCUCAGGACCCUUCGCGCCUGCCCGUGUAAGACUGUACCUCCUCCUCUUGUGCGACCGUCGUCCUCCACGCUGCCCCCAUAUCAACGCUGCGCUCGCUGCAGCUGUUAUCGACUUCCAAAGGACUCAUGCCCGCAAUGGCAGGUGACUGGCCUCGCGAUCCCCGCGCCUACGGAUCGCCGCAGCACACUGAGCCACCUGCUCCCGUGCGAACGCUCCCCAGCGUCGCUGAGCUGCUCUCGUCACGGCCCUCUGCAAACAGCAACGUUCCUGAGUACCACCACCGCCAGGAGUACUUCCACGCUCGAUCCACCCCGCCUGCUGCCUCUCUUGCACCCACUACUGCCAAUGCCACGCCCUCAUCGUACUGGAAUGCCGUGAACCGCCAAACGAGCCCUCCAGUCAGCCCCACAGAACAGCGCCCAACAUCAACAUCAACAUCAACUGCAGCCAGAAUCUAUCGGGAGCCUGAGUUCCGCCGUCAGCAGGUGCCAAAAGCAGAUCCAGCGCUUCAGCAUUCGGCGUUGUCGUCUGGAGUGCACACCGUCUCUAAUUCGACGGUGCAAACGCGCCAAGACUCAGCCAUUGACCAGCACCGCUUCGAGACGGGCAACGACGCCCAAUUGUCCAAACCUAACAAUUCUUAUUCUCAUCAAAGCCCUAAGGACGGCCAACGUCAGCCCAGUCCGAGGCUCAAUUCCCAUCAACUUGCCUCAUCUACUCCAGCCUAUGCCCCAGCUCCUGCCCCACACCAGGGCGAGACUCUUCCAAACCAGACAGGAGCACACCCUCCAGCUCGUCAGCACUCCAAAUCCGUGUCUUCGGGCGGUCCCUACUCGGCAGCGUCACCGAGGUCACAUGAGCACAGCACAGAGCGCACCAUUCCUGUUGACAUAAGGAACAGCGCAGUUUCAAGACUCAACAUCAGCGGACCUUCCUCACUUCCAGAACAAUUCUUCACUCAGCAGAACAAUUUUGGCACUCGGCAACAACGCUACAACGUAAGGUUUGCUGUGAAUUACACCUCUGAAAACAUGCCCCCCUCACAAAAACCUCGCAAUGAGCCACCUACACCUCCUACCGCAUCAGAAGUUAUCGCUGAGCCAGAGCGAUCAAAGAGUUCCCCUGCCCCCAUUUCCAUUUUUGAAGAGCCGCCGGCACCGACUACCAAUGGAAACACUCGCCAUACCGAGCCUCAACCUCGCACCACCAGGGAUACCAGGGAUACCAGGGACACCAGGGACCGAGGAGAUGGUGAGCCUUCUGUGGAGCGCUGUCCAGGAUGCAACGAGGCUUGGAGACGACCGAUUCCUGAUAUGGAUUCCGAGCAUAUCCCUCCAGCGGAGAACAAUGCCGAAUACAUGAGGCUCGCGAGCAACAUGAUCGACAGGCUGCGAAACGAGAGAAAGAAGGCGGAUGCUGCGUAUGACGAUUGGAAACGGCGCCACAAUCACUGCUACCGACCAAUGAGCCCUUAUUCCACCGAAUCUGUAGAUGAUGCAUCCAGACGAUCAGAUGCAGCUCCGCAAGCUGAAGGAUCAACGAACGGCAACACCGCCAACAAGCGCAAAUCCGAAGGUCCACAUGAGCCGCAUUCUGCAUCGAAGCAGCGAAGAGUGACCAGCACAAGCCCGGCACCACCGGUCCGCAAGUCCGGCUCACCAUAAGCAACAACGCCUGAGCACUUUUUUUUCUACUUUUGACAUGCGACUUUGCAUUUGCAUAUUGACUUGGUGUUGGUGUUGGCAAAAGAAG